CCUCACCACCCUCAUACUCCCACCCCCACCACCAAAAUGCAAGCCGAGACGCCCCCGCCCCACCGCCUGCUAUCCAGCACCCCCAUCCCCACCGCCACCGCCGCAACGAUACUGCAAUCCUACCUCACCCACUCAGAAGCACACGCGCACCUGCACCCAGACGCGCUGAUCACGCCGACGGGGGUAUCCUUCAGCUCGCACGGCGGGCCCGCGGGGGGUGUCGUGAUGCACAACCUGCGGCGCGUCGCGGCGGGGCUGCGCGGCGAGGUUUUGGAGCCCGAGGCGACGCCGGAGCCCGAGGUGGCCGAGGUCGAGGAGCGAUAUACCGGACGAGGGCAGGGCAAGGGCAAGGGCGAGGGCGAGACGCGCGCAGACGAGACGGGUGGGGAAGUCGAGUGGCAGGACAAGGACGUGUAUGAGCGGGAGCAGGGCGGGACUGAGAUUGGCGAGGUGGGCGAGCGGACGAAUGUCGUGGCCGAGGGGGGCGAGGAGCCGGGCGUUGAGGCCAGCGGGAAGCGCGGGGGGGAGGCGCUGGACAAGGAGGCGCGCAAGCGGGCGAAGAAGGAGAGGGAUGCGCUGCGCAAGAGGGAAAAAGAGCAGAAGAGGAAGGAGGACGCCUGAGGUGCAGCGACGACACCAUCCGCAUGGCGUCAGGGAUUGCAUUUUUUCUACGGUCCAAACAUAGGUCCAACCACCAAAAGCGCCUACAGCUCGGUUCCCGAGGCCUUCACCGCCUUGUCCUCGUCCUUGGCCUUCUCCGACGUAAUCUUCUCGCUGCUGGACCAGUUCAUAGCCCGGAGGCGCUCCGUCAGGAUCGGGUGCGAGUGGUGGAACGACGAGUAGAACCAGUCGGCGUCCAUCGAGGACAGGUUCUGGAUCUGCAGCUUCAGCAGCGAAGCACCGAGCUCGGUGCGGUAGCCGAGAUUGACAGCAAAGGCGU